AGAGUAUAGGGUGUCUGAACACAAAUCCACAACAUAAACUUUAGUCUUUUCCAUUAUUGAAUUAACAAUUGAUUCACCAAAUUUCUCAAUUUAAGAAGGCUUUAUAGAGCAUGAAACAAGCACCUAAAGUCUGGUACAAUUGUAUAGAAGAUCACUUUGAGAAGGAAGGUUUCAACAAAUAUCCAUAUAUGAUAGCCACUCUCGGUCUGAUACUAUGUUGGUUAGUUGGAUGACAAGCAAAGUAGAUGAUCAGGUCGUGUGUUUAUGUUGGGAUCAACUGUUGUAUCAUAAGUGUGGAUGAAGCUUUGAGGGAAAAUGUUGUACCCCGAAUCCACCGUUUGGUUUGAUGGAAGGGAAAGAAGAAGGAAGAAGAAGAAAAUCUGCAGAAUACGAAGCAGUGGUAAACGCAGGGCCUCACCUGAGACGUCUCCAACAAGCUCACGCUCACCUCGUCGUCAGAGGCUCCCACCGCAGCCGCGCUCUCCUCACCAAGCUCCUCACGCUAUCCUGCGCCGCCGGUUCCAUCGCCUACACUCGCCGACUCUUUCGCUCCCUCACCCACCCAGAUUCUUUUCUCUUCAAUUCCCUCAUCAAAGCCUCUUCAAAAUUCGGUUUUUCCCUCGACGCCGUCGUUUUCUACCGCUGCAUGCUCCUCUCUCGCGUUGCCCCUUCCUCCUACACCUUCACCUCCGUCAUCAAGGCCUGCGCCGAUCUUUCCCUUCUCCGACUCGGGACCCUUGUUCAUUCCCAUGUUCUCGUUAAUGGGUAUUCCUCGGAUUCCUUCGUCCAAGCUGCGUUGGUCACUUUCUACGCGAAAUCAUCCGCCCCUCUUGUCGCCCGCAAGGUGUUCGACGAAAUGCCUCAGAGAAGUGUCGUUGCUUGGAACUCCAUGAUCUCGGGGUACGAGCAGAACGGGCUCGCCAAUGAAGCUGUGGCGGUUUUUAAGAGGAUGGUUGAGUCCCGGGUCGAGCCUGAUUCCGCGACUUUCGUUUCGGUGUUAUCUGCUUGCUCUCAACUGGGGUCGCUUGAGUUGGGGUGUUGGCUGCAUGAGUGCAUCGUUGGGAGUGGAAUUCAUGUGAACAAGGUACUUGCUACCUCGUUGGUGAACAUGUUUUCGCGGUGUGGUGAUGUGGGAAGAGCACGUGUGGUUUUUGAUUCGAUGAAUGAUGGGAAUGUUGUUUCGUGGACGGCUAUGAUAUCCGGGUACGGGAUGCAUGGUUAUGGCGUUGAAGCGAUGGAGGUUUUUAAUCAAAUGAAGGCGCGUGGGGUGGUGCCUAAUAGUGUCACUUUUGUUGCUGUGUUAUCUGCUUGUGCUCAUGCGGGGUUAAUAGAUGAAGGGCGUUUAGUGUUUGAGAGCAUGAAGCAAGAGUAUGGCGUGGUUCCGGGAGUGGAGCAUCAUGUUUGUAUGGUUGAUAUGUUUGGGCGUGGUGGGUUGCUCAAUGAGGCGUACCAGUUUGUCAAAGGGCUUAGUCCUCAGGAGCUUGUUCCGGCGGUGUGGACUGCAUUGCUUGGGGCUUGCAAGAUGCAUAAGAAUUUUGAUGUUGGGGUGGAGGUUGCUGAGAAUCUCAUCUCUGCUGAGCCAGAGAACCCUGGUCAUUAUGUGUUGCUUUCUAACAUGUAUGCAUUGGCGGGAAGGAUGGAUAGAGUGGAAUUGGUUAGGAAUGUGAUGAUCCAAAGAGGGCUUAAGAAGCAAGUGGGUUAUAGCACCAUAGAUGUUGACAACAGAAGUUAUCUUUUCAGCAUGGGUGAUAAGUCACACCCUGAGACCAAUGAAAUUUAUCAUUAUUUGGAUGAGUUGAUGGGGAGGUGCAAGGAUGCGGGUUAUGCACCUUUACCUGAGUUGGCGAUGCACGAGUUGGAAGAAGAAGAAAGGGAAUAUGCUCUUAGAUACCACAGUGAGAAGCUUGCAGUGGCAUUUGGGCUGAUGAAAACUGCUCAUGGAGUGGCUCUCAGGAUUGUCAAGAACCUUCGGAUAUGUGAAGACUGUCACUCAGCAAUUAAGUUCAUGUCUGUUGUGACGAAUAGAGAGAUAAUAGUUCGGGAUAAGCUUCGUUUCCAUCAUUUUAGAGAAGGCUCGUGUUCUUGUUUAGAUUAUUGGUGAUAGGAUUUAAACCCGUGUGAAUCUGAUUAAUAUUGUGAGAGUUGUACUGUAGUGUUUCGAUAUGCAUAACCAAAAUAUGCAACAGAAAUAAUAUAACAUGGCAUGCAAAACAAAGAUCACAGAAAAUUUUGGGUGGUGAUUUAACAUGUAAAUCCACCAGCAUUUUUGUGAGUGCUAACCUAUAUUUUCAUUACCAAGAAAACAGUAUGGUUUACGAGU